AGGCAGAGAAGAGAGCACCGGCUGAGUCCCAAUGGCCGCCAACCCUAUUCCUCCUCCCGUCUGCCAGUGUCCUCGACAAAGUAGCAGUCACGUUUAGAAUAACCCUACAUAACCCUACACUUCUGUUGACUAAUCACUCUGCGUCUGCUUACAUAUCCAAUUAAACUCCCUGCGGCUCGAAUUAUCAUCCUCGACUGCAAAACUUCCCCGGGCCCGACAUCGUCUUAUCCUCCACACUUCCUCAACUACAGUCGCCAUGUCCUCCUUCGAUAGCUACUCCUCGCCGCUCUCCUCGCGCUACGCGUCGAAAGAGAUGUCGGCCCUCUUCUCCCCCCGCACCCGCUACUCCACCUGGCGCAAGCUCUGGCUCACCCUCGCGACCGCAGAGCAGCAGCUCGGCCUCGACACCAUCACCGACGAGGCUAUCGCCCAGCUCAAGGACCACGUCGAGAUCACAGACGACGAGAUCCGCGCCGCGAGCGAGCAGGAGAAAAUCGUCCGCCACGACGUCAUGUCCCACGUCCACGUCUACGGCAUCGCGGCCCCCGCCGCCGCCGGCAUCAUCCAUCUCGGCGCCACGUCCUGCUUCGUGACCGACAACGCGGACCUCAUCUUCCUCCGCGACGCCUGCGACAUCCUCAUCAAGCGUCUCGUCAACGUCAUCCAGAAACUCUCCGAGUUUGCGCUGCAGUACAAGGACAUGCCCGUCCUCGGCUGGACUCACUUCCAGCCCGCGCAGCUCACCACCGUCGGCAAGCGCGCCACGCUCUGGAUCCAGGAACUGCUCUGGGACCUGCGCAACAUCUCGCGCGCGCGCGACGACAUUCUCCUCCGCGGCGUCAAGGGCACGACCGGCACGCAGGCCUCCUUCCUCACCCUCUUCGACGGCGACCACGUCAAGGUCGAAGAGCUCGACCAGCUCGUCGUCGAGCUCCUCGGCUUCAAGGGCGCGUACCCGGUCACCGGCCAGACCUACUCGCGCAAGAUCGACAUCGACGUGAUCGGCCCGCUCUCGUCCCUCGGCGCGACCGCGCACAAGAUGGCCACCGACCUGCGGCUGCUCGCGAACCUCAAAGAGGUCGAGGAGCCGUUUGAGAGCACGCAGAUCGGCUCGAGCGCGAUGGCAUACAAGCGCAACCCGAUGCGCUGCGAGCGCGUGUGCUCGCUCGCGCGCCAUCUCACCGGUCUCUACCAGGACACCGUGCAGACGGCCUCGGUGCAGUGGUUCGAGCGCACGCUCGACGACUCCGCCAUCCGCCGCGUCUCGAUCCCGUCCGCGUUCCUGACGGCCGACAUCAUCCUCUCGACCCUGCUCAACAUCACGUCGGGAAUGGUUGUCUACCCGAAAGUCAUCGAGCGCCGCAUCAUGAGCGAGCUGCCGUUCAUGGCCACCGAAAACAUCAUCAUGGCGAUGGUCCAGAAGGGCGGCGACCGCCAGAUCUGCCACGAGCACAUCCGCGUGCUCUCGCACCAGGCCGCAAAGGUCGUCAAGGAGGAGGGAGGCGACAACGACCUCAUCAGCCGGAUCAAAUCCGAGCCGUACUUUGAGCCUGUCUGGGCUGAGCUCGACAAGUUGCUCGACCCGUCCACGUUUGUGGGACGCGCUCCGCAGCAGACUGAGAAGUUUGUCAACGUCACUGUCGCUAGUGCGCUCGAGCCUUACAAGAACCUCAUCGUGUCUGAGAAGGUCGAGCUGAGUGUUUAGUUAUAUAAUGUUAAUAGAUAAUGUGGACUACAGUAGACA